AUGAGUGUCGAGGAACUGCAGGCCAAUGGUAAGGACGACGCUCUUCUCGAUAGGGAGAGUCAAGAACCGAACGAUUUAGAUCACUCUUUGUUUGGCGAUGGGGAUGAGAGCGAAAACAAGAGCGCAGAGUCUGGCAAUGACGCGGACGAAAACGAGCCCAAAGCUGGGUCUGACAUAGAAGAACCUGUCCCUUCAGAGAUAGCUGAAGUCAAUCAUGUAACAGCAAAGGUCGAACCAGGUACCGACGCGGAAGUGGCCUUAGAAGGGGAAUCGGAUUUCGCGUCCAAGCUGAAACAACAGCCCGAGCAACAACACACCGACGAACAAAAAAGCGACCCACGAAAGCCAGAGGAAGUAGCAAAUGGGAAGGAGGGGGCAACCGAAGUGGGGGAGUCCGAAGAAGGAAAGGAAAUGAGUGCUGACCUACAGCUGGCCGACAACGCCAUCCCAGACAUAGCAAAGGACGCGCCCGCUGAGCCUAAACCACAAUUAUCCACAGCAACCGAAGAAGAAGCAAAAGUGGUAACGGAGCCUGAGCCCGAGACAAAUACCGAAACCAGCGUGUCUGUAACUGGACCAGACACUGGCCCACAAGUAGAAUUCGAGCAGAUGGAAGCGAAGCAAAGUCCACAGGAGGCUGAAGCUGAGAAAGGACCGCAGGUUGAAGCUGAGAAAGGGCCAGAGGUUGAAGCCGAGCAAGGACCGCAGGUUGAAGCGAAACAAAGCCCACAGGUUGAAACUGAGCAAGGUCCACGGUCAGAAGUUGAACCAGGCCCAGAAGCACCCUUGCAAUUGGCAGACGCAUCUGGUCCAGCUCCAGAAUCGAAGGCAGAAGACGAAGAGAACUCGAAAUUGGUCGUGCCACAGUUUCAUGAAAUUAUAAUUCCAUCAUACGCAAGGUGGUUCAAUUUGAAUAAAAUCCAUUCCAUUGAAAAGCAAUCGCUACCAGAGUUCUUCACAAACCGCAUUGUUUCCAAGACACCGCAGGUAUACGUCAAAUACCGUAAUUUUAUGGUGAAUUCCUACAGACUGAAUCCUAAUGAGUAUUUCACUGUAACCGCGGCCAGACGGAACUUAUGUGGUGACGCAGGCGCCAUCUUUAGAUUGCAUAGAUUCUUGACUAAGUGGGGACUUAUAAAUUACCAAGUGAACGCAAAAUCAAAGCCCAAGCAGGUCGAACCGCCCUUCACUGGAGACUUCGCCACCAAGCAUGAUGCCCCUAGAGGUCUCUUUCCAUUUGAGAGCUAUAAGCCAGCAAUUCAAAUUCCCGAUCUAUCGCGAUUGAAGAAGUUGAUGAAUCAGAUAGAAAAACCAGGUAUUUCUGACAAAAGUAUUCCUCUUUCAAAUGGCGUUACCUCAUCCGACUCCAAGGAGAAUGCUGUCAAGAGGCCAGCUGAAGAGGAAGCCUCCAGUACAAAAAAUAUCAAGAGCAAAAGACCGAAAGUUCAAGAAUUGGUUAAUAAAGAUUGGAAACAAGAAGAAGUGGAAAAACUAUUAGAGGCUCUACAGAAAUACCAUACAGAUUGGCUGAAAAUUGCUCAACAUGUUGGAAACAAAACUCCUGAGCAGUGCAUCUUGAGAUUCUUGCAACUACCUAUUGAGGAUGAAUUCCUUCAAUCUCAGGCCAGCGAUGAACUAGGCCCCUUGAAGUAUGCGCCUCACUUACCUUUCACUAAGGCUGACAAUCCGGUGAUGUCAACUAUAGCAUUUCUUGUGGGUCUGGUAGAUCCUCGCGUUGUCCAGCAGAUGACAGAUCGUGCCAUAACGCGGAUAAAACAGGAACAGAAGGAGAAUAUUAAUGAAGAUGAGGACAAGAAUUACGUAAAAGAGGGAAGUGAAAUUGCUAUAGCAUCAAUGGGGGUCAGAUCAGAGGUCUUCGCCACCAACGAAGAGAGACAAAUGAAUGCUAUUACGAAUGACAUGAUCCAGACGCAGAUGAAGAAAGUUGGUAUGAAGCUACAAUUGCUGAACACAAUGGAAAAAUCAUUAGAAUUAGAAAAGAAAAUUCUACAAAAGCAGCAGGAAGACGUCUUUGUGCAACGUCUUUCGCAGGCCAAGCAAUCUCACGCCCUGCUUACAAAGUUACAACAAUGUUUAGAUGAUCAUGACGACAAAGAGAAAUUGAAAGAUCAUAUCGAAGCGAUCAGAGGUAUGCAAUUGAGACCACCAAGGUUAAGUACUGGGAAAGCCGCUUCUUUCUCAACACCUCACGAUGGAACUCCACGGGACCAAAGUCAAGUCACAAUGGACAAUAAUAAAGACUCAUCUAUGAAGCCGGUUUCCGUAGAGGCUCCGCAAUUCUAUAGAUAUUGGUCUGGCUAA